CCACCACCAACAACAACAACCACCACCACCACCACCACCAACGGGCCACUACCACCCAAAGAGGGAACAGGAUACAUAUCAUGGAUCAGAGGUUGAAGAAUGUUGCCGAAGAGGGAAAUAUCGAUGCGCUAUAUGCUUUGUUUCGGGAGAAUCCCUACAUAUUGGAAAACAUUGAUCAGAUCCCAUUUGUUGAUACUCCUCUACAUAUAGCGGCAUCUGCUGGGUGCACCCAUUUUGCAGCUGAAAUGAUUAGAUUAAAGCCCUCAUUUGGUAGGAAGUUAAACCCCGAUGGAUUAAGCCCUUUGCAUUUAGCACUACAAAAUGGGCACACCGAGACAGUGAUAAGACUCAUAAAUAUUGACAACGACCUCAUCCGUGUCCAAGGGAAAGAGAGCAUCACUCCUUUGCAUUAUGUAGCUGAAAGAAAUGAAUCCGAACUAUUGGCUGAAUUUCUCUGUGCUUGCCCAGCAUCCAUCAAGGAUUUGACAGUUCGAGGAGAGACUGGAGUGCAUAUUGCCACCAGAAAUGGAAGCUUCGAAGCAGUCAAGGUGCUUUUGGGAUGGCUUCGUAAAUUCGACAAUGAAGGGUUGGAAAGCUGGAAGAUGCUAAACUGGAAGGACGAGAAUGGCAACACAGCGUUGCAUAUUGCAGCUUGCGCUAACCAACGCCAGGUCGCGAAGUUAUUAAUAAAGAAUAAAGUGGACAAAAUGGUAAGGAAUUUGGAGGGUAGAACUGCAUUUGAUUUAUCAGAAGGAAAUGAAGAGUUCAGAACACGUUUGUUCUGGGGGUGCGCAAUAACAAGUUUGAUUUAUCAGAAGGAAAUGAAGAGUUCAACUAGUCUUGCACAUUUUAUGAGUGCUGUAAAGCUCCAUGAAAAAUUGUUGUAUCUUGUUCCUAAUAUGCAUAAUGGUUUGUCAAGCGACAUGAAAAAUAUGCUGCUGGUUGUAGCUGUGCUUAUUGCAACCGCUACCUAUCAAAUUGUACUCCAACCCCCUGGUGGAUUCCGACAAGAAGACAACAAUCUCAACAGUACUGCCUUUAUAAUUAACAGUACUUCCAUAGAUUAUAUCCCUAUCAACAAUACUACCAUCAACAGUACUGCCUUUAACCGUGCUGGGACGAUAGUUAUGCCUGCAGAUAAUUUCAACAGCAUAAAUUUUUUCAACUCAGCUGCAUUUGCUGCUGCAGUUGGAGUGAUUUAUCUCUCCCUCCCAAUGACAUAUCAUAGUGUUCUAUUGGGAAAUUCUCUAAUUUACCUGGCCAUUAGUUAUAUGACUUCAAUGUCUGAAAUAGCAACAUCUCCAAAUUCUGUCUGGAUCUCAUUUGGCGCAUAUCUAUUUUUUUCCAUCCUUGUUUGGUUGAGGAUUUGGAUUCUCCGUGGGGAACGCAAAAUCUUUACAAGGGUAACACUCUGCAGGUUUAAUCCCACUCACUAUGUUAAGAUGAGGCACCAAUUGGUUGGUUGGUGAAACAUCGAUUGAGGAGUGCACACAGUAGAUGAUGAGCCCAGCAUGCACCAACAUGGAUAUGUCAACGUGGACUGUGAGACUAUUACACACCCUUUAUUUGUUUCCUUAUCCUUGGAACAAUAUAUAUAUAUAUAUAUAUAUGAGAGUGAGUGAAUAAAUAAAUUCUCAGAUUAUAUGGAGUACUAGCUUGGACUGCAUGCCCCAUAAACUGAGCAAUGAUUUACUUCCACUUGUGUCCGAGUAUGUUAUUAUAAUGUACCGAUUUCUCGAAUGAUUCUGGAGGUUGAUUGUACAAUUGUAGUGCAAACCAUAUUAAUUCUAUUUCCUAAUUUCUUUCUUAUGC